AUGAGUGCACAUAGAUGUGGUCGUCGUCCAUGCUCAGCUGUUGCCGCCGCUGCUGGUGAACCAAACGUUAAUAUUCGACGUCCAGAAUUAAAUCGCAGAAUCUCUUUCUAUGGAAGCGAUUUUUCCACUACUCCGGAACCUGUAGAUCAAAGCCCUUUGAAUAAGUACUGGCAGUUAGUAGCAAAACUUACAAAUACCGGAUAUGAGUUUUGGAAGAAAGUGUACGACGACCCAUACAGGUGGCAGCUUUUCAAAAGCAUAAUGCUUUUUAUUAUGGGAAUCAAAUUUUCAGGAGAUCUGUUCAAGUACAUGAACCCAUCAAAAUCUGUGAAAUGCGGCGCACGUCAUGCCACUUGCGUAAAAAUCAUGAAUAGAAAUUCACAUUAA